ACAGGUUCACCAACCUACUAUGCUUACUACUGACAACUGUCACUUUAACCCUUCAGGGUCGCAUAAACAAAAGUAGGGCAACUAUGAAAUCGGGUUUACUUUAGAUUUAUAAGGUUUGGUGUUGGAGUGCAGUUACAGCUAGGGCUUCAACCACAAAUGGAUAUUAGUUGUGAUACAACGACUUUUAACUUCAUAUCUUCAGUUUUAAUGUCGAUGUAAUAAAUCAGUCUUUUAUCCUUGCUUCCUCCGGACUUGCUAAAAAACGAGUUAAAACCUCAAGCUCUUUCAGUGGCAGAUUCCAGGUGUGCUGCGAAAAGUCAGCUUUAUAGGAUCUGUCCCGCAUCUUUUAAGCUGUUAUCAGUUGUUUGCCUUAAUUUUCUAUUGAAUAGUUCAGUGGAUUAGAUAUUUAUCACGUCACCAUUCUGUGUUUUCAAUGUUUAUUCAGUUUUCUUUUAUAACUAGAAGCUUAAGUUUAGUGAUAGUGUAAUUACUGUCUUAUAAUUUGUGAAGUAAAUCUUUAGCAUUACUACUAGGUGUGGAUCACCAAAACUAGUUUUAUGUCAAUAUCAAUACUUCAGUUUUUACUGUCUUUAUUUAGAUUUUAGGCUGACUGACGUCCUCGAAAUGCUAAAUUUCAUGCGUCCUUCUAGAGAAUUGCUGAAGUGUAUUAGUAAAGCUGUAUUUACGUUUCCCGUCUACCGUUACUCGUCAUUCGUGAGUAGUACUAAUGAACAUGAAGUGAAACAACAAACUCCAGCUGAUGAACAAGAGAUUAAGAGACUAUCAUCAUUCGGCGUUUAUGUUGGUGAAUGUUUACCUAAGUUUGUCCAAAAGGUGCAAAUAGGUCAUACCAAAGAACUUGAAAUUUGUAUUCAUCCUGAUGGAGUUAUUCCAGUUCUUUCAUUCCUGAAAUGUCAUCACAGUGCUCAAUUCUUAAACCUUUCGGAUAUUACUGCUGUUGAUAUACCAUCAAGAAAAUAUAGGUUCCAGAUUGUUUAUAAUCUUCUUUCUUUGAGGUAUAACUCUCGAAUUCGUGUCUUGACCUACACAGACGAACUUACUCCGAUCGACUCGUCUUGUUCCAUCUUUCAAGCAUCAAAUUGGUAUGAACGGGAGGUGUGGGACAUGUACGGUGUGUUUUUCUAUGAUCAUCCGGAUCUUCGUCGGAUCCUUACUGACUAUGGUUUUAUAGGGCAUCCUCAACGGAGAGAUUUUCCUCUAAGUGGAUAUACAGAGGUAUGAAGAUGAAAUCUUUUAAUUACUCUGGCUUCCACAUUUAUUUUCAGUCUUAAUGCCACUAAAUUAUCGUUCCAACGUUUAUUGUAUGACUUAUUGUAUACAUGUAUAGAUACAUGAAAGGAGCAAGACGCAUAAUUAUGUGUUAUUCUGAGUUAUUGUACUUCACAUCAUUAUCAUAGGAAAGGUAACUAAGAAGAUGCAAGGUAGUAGAUACAUCAACAUCAACUAAACAUAAGAAAUGCAGUUCAAAAUAAAUUGGUCAACUUAACGAAUGAAAAGAGCAUCAACUUCAGGUGAGAUUUGACGACCAAUACUAUCGCGUGGUUAUCGAACCCGUUGAAUUGGCUCAGGAAUUCAGGCGGUUCGAGUUCAACUCUCCUUGGGAAGCGUUCCCAGCAUUUCGGGAUUCCAGUUCACAUGAUGAGAAUUUGCUAAAAUCUCCCAAUUUCGAAGGCCAAUCGGGAGACUCAAAACCAAAAUUAAAUUCUAAAUAAGCUAGAACUUUUCACUGUUGUCUGUCAGUAAUAUGAUUUGACAGAUGAGUCAUAAUUAGACUUCUUUUGCCCUUGGUCUUUUUGUACAUCCCAAUGCCUUACGUUAAAAACUGUCUCAUAGUACGGAAUUUAAUACUGAUAAUUCGAGUGUCUUGUGCUUGGAUUUCUAAUGUGCUAUUUUCGAAUGGCAGUGAUCACAUAUUCCUUUUGUUUAAUAAGCAAUAGAAUUUCAUGAAUCCAGUGCGUUUCCAAUAGCUUCAUAGGUAAACAUUUUUACGAAAACUUGACUGAGUAGUUUCUUUCCGUGUCACGUUAAGGGUUGUAGUCGAAAUGCUAAGUCGUUUUAAAAAAACUAGUGAUAAGCAUACAUUUGGCUUACAAAAGCUCUAACUGUCUUAACUAGUCUGUCAAAUAAAUACGCAAAACGAACUAUUAAAGCUUUUGAAGAAAAUCGGAAAGAAUUGGGGUGAGCCACAAAACCCUUUUUUGUGGUAUGACAUUGCGGUAAACAGUUUUCAAAUGGUAGAUAUAUUUAAGUAAGAGCCGUGUAUACGGAUAGGAUAAUGCAAGGCUAGAACAACCACUGAUCUCAUUCGUUGGUGAAAUGUUUGUGGUGUCUAAUACUUUAUGAUCGGCGAUUCGUUCUCUAGGUGAUUCCCUAUGAACUGAGAUUGAGGAAAUCGUCUGUGUACACGAUUCCACGGAACGGAAUAAUGAGAGGGACUUCCCUAUUAAUUUUGUAUAGUGGAAAUAGAAUGUAUCCAUUGCCAUGAUUGAGGAAUGUUUUGAUAAUACAAGAUUGAUGUACCUUACAUUUUGUAAACAAGGUAUUUAUGCCCUAAGUUUGUUUGUUCAUUGCACAGAAUACGUAUGGUAGUGUGUAAUUUUGAAUUCUGUUUUUUGUUGCAGUACAUCUGAACAUUCUGAUUUAAAUUAAAAGGAUUUAUCUCUUAAUGUGAUUCGUGAUAUAGAUAUCGGGGUUUCAGUUACCCUCUGAAUAUAAAUUAGCAAACAUGCUACGAUGAAUAUAUUCCCACCAAAAUUUAUUCUUUAUGUAACUAAGCAAUUGCUCCCAAAUGCCCUGGUAUGGCCGAGAGCGGGAUGGGUCCGCCCUCACUCUCGAAAUACUCUCAUACGGCCACGCUAAUACAACCUCUGCCAGGGAAGUCUUACUCAGUGCCUUCUCGUGGCGAGGGUGUUGUUUACGAAAAUGAGAGGACGAAAAGCGAAUGUCCGGCGCUUUAACCGGAUCCUAAACCAAUAGUGCACAUGGGCUCCAGUAUCCUGAGGGAACAAAUGGCGUAUGAACCAA